CACUGCUGUCUGACUGGAAGUAACUGUAUGAAAUAAUAAUUCUGAUGUUUCUUGGCAAUGUUAUAUCUGGCUUUGAGCCCAGUGAGACAACUGUAUGUAAACAGUGAAUGUUUUCUCCGGUGGUUAGAGCCGACAUGGUUCUUGACUCACUUCCUGACUCGUAACACAUUUUCAGCGGAGCAGUCCGGCAUGAAGUGAAAAUGUUGGCAGUCAUUACAGUAUUCCCCUCACUAUUUGACGUCCUCCUUUCCAGAUGAAUGCUCUGGUUGCUCUCUGUCACUUCUGUGAGCUCCAUGGCCCUCGGACGCUGUUUUGCACCGAGGCACUUCACCCUCCAUCCCCGUCCCCUUCAUCCCAGGCAGGUGCCCCAGUGCCUGGAGACAGGGACCGGGAUGGUGACCGGGAAGGUGAAGGGCUGACCAUGAGGGCCAACAGCUCGGCCACACAGAAAGGAGAAAUGUGUGAUGGAUGUCGCUCUCUGCCUGCAUCUCACCCGGGCUUUGUGAGCAUUGAUGAUGAAACAGGCAUUCGCUUCCUGAGCCACCAGCAUCCCAGACAGUCACAGCUGUUCAGCGUAGUCCGCCAGGCCUGCGUACGCAGCCUCAGCUGUGAGGUAAACAGUGACGUGUGUCCCGGCCGUGAAGGGCCAAUUUUCUUUGGAGACGAGCAACAUGGUUUUGUGUUCUCACACACCUUCUUUAUCAAAGACAGCCUGGCCAGGGGCUUCCAGCGCUGGUAUAGUAUCGUCAUGGUAGCAAUGGACAGGAUCUACCUUAUUAACUCCUGGCCUUUCCUGUUACGACACCUUAGACUCACUAUACAGAGCCUGCAAAGCACAGCCCUCAAGGUCUUUGACAAUGAACAAGGAGUUUGUCCCCAGCGAGCAGUGAGGAUGAACAGUGGGUUCUCACCUGCAGUUUUCCCUCACCAACGGAGUGGCAACGCAGCCCGAUCACUAACUUCUCUUACUCAGCAUCAGAAUCUCUGGGCCAGCCUGCACUCCUCAUUUAGCUGGCUGCUGAAAGCCUGUGGGAGUCGUCUGACAGAGAAGCUGCUGGAGGGAGCCCCCACUGAAGACACACUGGUGCUCAUAGAGAGACAGACAGAGCAAGAAGAGGAAAUGAGCUGCUGGGAGGGAGCCGAAGGAGGCACUUCAAAGUCGCAGCGGCCCCCGUCGGAGAGCGAGCUGGGCCAUGACUUCCUGUCUGAUGAUGCAAAAUUAGAUGAAUUACCUGGUCCCAAAUUUAGGUCACUGAGGCAUUUGAGACAGGUCCUCGGGGCGACUGAGUUUCGUCAGCUAGUGUGGCAUGUGCUCAUGGGAAACCAGGUCAUAUGGAGAGGCGCAGACCCCGGGCUCAUCCAAUCAGCUUUUACAGUGCUCAAGUCUUUGCUGCCAGUAGGCUGUGUGCGUUCUGUGCCAUACAGUGCUCAGUAUGAGGAGGCCUACAAAUGCAACUUCCUGGGUCUCAGCCCAGAUGUGCCUAUUCCAACCCACGUCGGCUCCUCAGAGUUCUCAGUGCUGGUGGAUGUAAGUUCAGAGAGAAGCUGUCAGAUCUCAGUUCUGUGUGAAGAUGAUAUCUCCUCACUUUAUCAGUUCACCAUCAGCAGUGCCAACACACAGCCCACAGAUAGGGGUCCCACGUUAUUGAACAAGCUUGAGGUGGCCCUGUCCAAUGAGAACUUGUCUGUGGACGUUGUGUCUCACUGCCUGUUGUGUCUGAAGGAAGAGUGGAUGAAUAAGGUCAAAGUGCUGUUCAAGUUCUCCAAAGUGGACGGACGAGGGAGGGAGGACACCCAGAAGGUUUUGGCCCUCCUUGGCGCCACUGGGCCGGGCGAGGAGGACAACGUCAGACUGCUCAAGUUCUGGAUGACUGGACUCAGCAAAACCUACAAGAGUCAUUUAAUGACAGCCGUCCGAGGAGGGGAGAGGAGCCCCAGCCAGUGACAAAGAGGAAUGAAGAAAGAGUAGGCGGUAGAGGGGUAAAGAAAGGGGGGUCUGAAUCAAAAGAGAAAUACUAAAGAAAGGAAAGUGAAAGCAAGAAUCUUUCCAUCAUCCAUUUUGCUAACUGUUAGGGACUUUUAGUGGAAUGAAAGAAGAAUGUGAAUGGAUGAAAGAAAUGCUUUGGCUCAUCCAUUAUUGUCUUUUUAAGUAAUGAGUAAUCUACUGUUCCUAACCCCGAUUAUUAUCCUGCACAGAUUAAUACGUUCAGUCAGUUUGGAUAAUGUAGGAGGCUUUUGUUUGUCAAAGGGAAUUAUUGUACAAGACCUCAUCAUACUUAUAUGUGAAGUUUAACUUAUUACAAUUAAAGACUUUGCACUUUGUUUACUCGUUUACUGAUGUUUUAAAAUGAAAUAAAUGAAUGUGAACAGUCA